GGUGGAAGCUGGUGGAUGUGGGCGAUCCGCUCGCUGCUGCGGGCUGCGGCAGGGCGCACCAUGUCGCAGGGAGCCGCCCGCCGCCAGCGGCCGCCCAAGGACCCGCUGCGGCACCUGCGCACGCGGGAGAAGCGUGGCCCGUCUUGGGAGCCCGGAGGCCCGAACACCGUGUACCUGCAGGUGGUGGCGGCCGGCGGCCGGGACUCGGGCGCGGCGCUCUACGUCUUCUCUGAGUACAACCGGUAUCUCUUCAACUGUGGAGAAGGCGUCCAGCGACUCAUGCAGGAACACAAGCUGAAGGUGGCUCGUUUGGACAAUAUCUUCUUAACCCGAAUGCAUUGGUGUAAUGUUGGGGGACUGUGCGGAAUGAUUCUUACCUUAAAGGAAACUGGACUUCCAAAGUGUGUACUUUCUGGACCUCCACAACUGGAAAAGUUCUUAGAGGCUAUCAAGAUAUUUUCUGGUCCAUUGAAAGGAAUAGACCUGGCGGUGCGGCCUCACUCUGCACCAGAAUACAAGGAUGAGACCAUGAUGGUUUUCCAGAUCCCCAUAUACAGUGAACAGAGGUGUGAAGGGCAACAGCCAUCGCAGAGUCCAGAAAGACUCAGUCCACAGCAGUCUUCUGACUCUGGGUCAACUGACAAUGAGCAGCAGCUUCCAGAUGGUAAUGGUGUUCCCCGCAAAAUGGGUGGCAGGGAUCCCUCCUUGGUGGUAGCUUUCAUCUGUAAGCUUCAUUUGAAGAAAGGAAACUUCUUGGUGCUCAAAGCAAAGGAACUGGGCCUCCCAGUUGGGACGGCCGCCAUUGCUCCCAUCAUUGCUGCUGUUAAGGACGGGAAAAGUGUCACUUAUGAAGGAAGAGAGAUUUUGCCUGAAGAGAUCUGUACUCCUCCGGAUCCUGGUCUCGCUUUUGUUGUGGUAGAAUGUCCAGACGAAGGAUUCAUUCAACCCAUCUGCGAGAAUGCUGCAUUCAAGAGGUACCAAGGAAAUGCUGAUACCCCCCUCGCCCUGGUGGUUCACAUGGCCCCAGAGUGUGUGCUAGCGGAUAGCAGAUACCAGCAGUGGAUGGAGAGGUUUGGGCCUGACACGCAGCACCUGAUCCUGAAUGAGAAUUGUGCAUCAGUUCACAACCUCCGCAGCCACAAGAUUCAAACACAGCUCAACCUCAUCCACCCGGACAUCUUCCCCGCACUCGCCAAUUUCCACUCUAAGGAAGCAGGUGCCGCCUUUAGUGUGCCCACAGUUCGGGGUGAAUGCCUCCUCAAGUAUCAGCUCCGUCCCCGGAGGGAAUGGCAGAGGGAUGCCAUUGUUACUUGUAAUCCUGAUGAAUUUGUGGCUGAGGCCCUGGAGCUCCCAAAUUUCCAGGAAAGCGUACAGGAAUGUCGGAAGGCUACCCAGGAUGGUCCUGUCCUGGCAGAGAAAAGAAGCCAGUAUCCAGAAAUCAUCUUCCUGGGAACAGGGUCUGCCAUCCCAAUGAAGAUCCGAAACGUCAGCUCCACACUUGUCAACAUAAGCUCUGACAAGUCCCUGCUCUUGGACUGUGGCGAAGGCACGUUUGGGCAGCUAUGCCGUCACUACGGAGAUAAAGUGGACAGGGUCCUGGGCAGCCUUGCCGCCGUGUUUGUGUCCCACCUACAUGCAGAUCACCACACGGGCUUGGUAAACAUCUUGCUGCAAAGAGAACAUGCUUUGGCAUCUCUGGGCAAACCAUUUCACCCUUUGUUAGUGGUUGCCCCAACCCAGCUCAAGGCCUGGCUACAGCAGUACCACAACCAGUGCCAGCAGAUUCUGCAGCAUGUCAGUAUGAUACCUGCUAAAUGCCUUCAGAAAGGAGCAGAGGUCUCUAACCCUGCAAUUGAAAGGUUGAUUAAUUUGCUGAUGGAAGCCUGUGAUUUGGAAGAGUUUCAGACCUGCCUGGUCCGGCAUUGCAAGCAUGCCUUUGGCUGUGCACUGGUCCACACAUCCGGCUGGAAAGUGGUCUAUUCCGGAGACACCAUGCCCUGUGAGGCUCUGGUCCAGAUGGGGAAAGAUGCCACCCUUCUGAUACAUGAGGCCACACUGGAAGACGGCCUGGAAGAGGAAGCCGUGGAAAAGACACACAGCACUACCUCCCAAGCGAUUGGCGUGGGGAUGCGGAUGAAUGCGGAGUUCAUCAUGCUGAACCAUUUCAGUCAGCGCUAUGCCAAGAUCCCCCUCUUCAGCCCUGACUUCAACGACAAAGUUGGAAUUGCCUUUGACCAUAUGAAGGUCUGCUUUAGAGACUUCCCGACAGUGCCCAAGCUGACUGCCCCCCUGAAAGCCCUGUUUGCCGGUGACAUCGAGGAGAUGGAGGAGCGCAGGGAGAAGCGGGAACUGCGGCUGGUGCGGGAGGCCCUCCUUUCCAGAGAGCGGGCUGGUGACCAUGAGGACAGCGAGCCCCAGCAAAAACGGGCCCACGUGGAGGAGCCUCUUAGUCCACAGAGCAAGAAGGUCAGGGCAAAGUGAAGAUCCUGAGGCUCUGAGCUCUGCAGGCUCACAUCUCCUGCCCCACACACAGGCAGCGCGGGUACUUCAACAGGAAGGAACUUUGGAGUAGGUGAGUUGAAGCAGGGCCUUGACUUGGCUCCUGGGUACUAGCCUGCUAGAUCCUCCUAUGACUGGUGUUUGGCAAAGCCAGGAACAAGAGGCUGCCCAGUGGAAGCAAGCAGGGAAGUAAGGCAUAAGGAAAAACUGGCACCACCCCCCACACUUACUCCAGCCAACUGAUUCCCUCUGCAAGCCAGCAACAAGCCAAGUCCAGGAACCUUGGGUGGUGUACAUGAACUCUUAAGUAUCCAAGAUUAAAGGAAUAGUAAUUCCAAAGAAACAGAAUGCAAUAAAGAUUCCAUUUGGAACCUGCGUGCUUUGCUUCAUCCUGGUGCCACCUCCAAGCAGAAGUUUCCACGGGCAGUGUCGCUGCUGCCAGGUACCUGAUGUGCCCAGAAGCCAGCUCUGAUGGAGACAAGGACCCUUGGUGCCUGUCCUAGGCAGCCAGUACUGCUCAGCAGUCUAGUUUCUUGACAGAAGUCAAGUUUUACUGGCGCAAAGCAGUGGUAUGGCCUUUACACACUCAAGAGCCCGGGACCUGUGCAGUGGCUCAGGAAAACAAGUCUUCCUGUUGUUCCAGGUGAAAAUGGAGACAGUAGGUCUGCUCUUCCUUGCCCAUAAUGAGAACCAGAGUCACUAACUACCCUUGAAGUAUUGAGAAAUAUCACAUCAGCUGGUCCCCUCCCCCUUCUUUUGGGAUUUAACAACACAGGUUAGUGCUUAGAAAUCGAGAAAAUUCAUUUUCAAUGAAUCUGGCAUUUAUGUAUUCUCCCCACUCAGGAGAAUAUAGAGAAAGAACUAAAACUCAGGUGAUGAGAGAGACCCAGAUUAAGGACUUGGCCUUGCCCAAACCUGCCUCAGGUUCCUCCUGAGGCAGCUAGAGAUUGAUUCCCUUGUCCCGCAAUUUCAUUAUUAAAACAAGAUAUGCCACGCCACGCUCAGGGAUAAUAAAUCUAUUUUAAUAACGUUACUUUUGACAACUAUUUGUACAUGUAUUUAAAGGUAACUUUCCAUCCCCGGGCUCCGUUACAAAUUGGGUACUGAACCACCCUUUACCAGGAAAUGAGCAAAGCUGUUAACAUCAAAAAUCUGCAAAUCCUGCUGUCAGUUAAGGGUUAUUUUACACUGUGUUGGGAAAAAUAACUGAGCAUUUAAGUUUCUCAUUGUACAUCUGUACAUUGGUUUAGAUUGAAUGGCUCAAAUUAAACAAAUAUAGAGAGAUUUCAUAUAUACAAAUAUUAUAGCAAUGUUUAGGUAUAUCAUAUCUAUUUUAAAAGGAUAAAACUGUGAAGUUUGACUGUGCAUGCAUGAUCUGAAUCUGUUUCUCGCUCCCUUAAUCCUCAAGU